GCCGCGUCUUCUGUACCCGAGAACAUGGAGGACUUGAAAGUGUUGGCGAAGACAGAGCUGGGAGAAACAGAAGAAGUCAAACGGGAAUCCUUAGCAGAACUUAAGAAGCUUCUCGAUGAAAACAGUCACCUGCAAAUUCCCCGAGAUGACGACGUCCUCCUCAUGUUUCUUCGUGCCCGAAAAUUCAAGGUGUCUGAAACCUUGAGGACAAUCAAGAGAUACUUGCGUGCUCGCAGAGACAUUCCAGAGUAUUUUGACAACUUGACUCCGUCGAGCAUUCCCUACCAGGCUGUCUUCAAUGAACACAAGCUCAUCAUGUACGCAAAGGAAAAAGAUUCUCAAGGAAGGGCUGUGGCUUACGUGAAUUUUGGCGCCUGGAAUGCAAGCAUAUGUUCUAUGGAUGAUCUGGCAAGGUGUGUGUUAGUCGCCCUGGAAUCCGGCCUCCAAGACGAAGAAAUACAGAUUCGCGGAGGUGUAGCGCUUAUAGACCUGAAAGGCUUCUGCGCUCGCCACCUAGUGCAGCUCACACCAAAGUUUGCCCGAAAGGUCAUUAUUCUUGCACAGGCAAGUGUAAAACACUUAUUAUUCACUUAA